GUGUAAAUGCCACGUUCCUCAGCGGUGCCCUUUUCAGAUUUAUUAAACCCGCAGAGUCAACCUGGUGACGGUCCAUCAGCUCCCCGGACGACCCCUUCAAACCAACCCGCUAAAUCUGCCACGUCCAAUCCAGCAAUGUCUUCUGCUUCAGUUAGUCUCCUGCCUCCCCUGGCCAAGGGCCAACGCUCGACUACAGACGAGCCCCGUCAAGAGCUGCCCCGUCCCUACAAAUGUCCCCUCUGUGACCGUGCCUUCCACCGUCUGGAGCACCAGACGAGACAUAUCCGCACACAUACCGGAGAGAAGCCACAUGCCUGCCAGUUCCCCGGCUGCUCGAAGAGAUUCAGUCGAUCAGACGAGCUUACCCGACAUUCCCGAAUCCACAACAACCCAAACUCGAGAAGAGGGAACAAGGCCCAGCAGCUGGCGGCAGCUGCUUCCAUGAACAACAUGGUCGAUGCCAACGCGGCCGCUGCCGCCGUCACCUCUCCAAACGUAUCUCCCCCACAUUCUUACGUCACCUAUGCCACCCAUCUGCCCUCGAAUCUUGGUCCUUAUGGACGGGCAGCCGGUGAGCGCCCGCCUUCUGCAAUGGAUAUGAACAUGCUCGCAACUGCUGCAUAUCACGUUGAGAGAGAUGAUCUUGCUUCCUACCACUACUCCUCAAACACCGCUCCUCAUCGGCCGCAGUACAGCAGUGGACUUCGCCCGGCAUCUCACCAUUCGCAUCAUUCACUCCACCCCGGCACCCGACUUCCCUCCCUGUCCGCCUAUGCGCUAUCCCACUCUAUGUCUCGGUCCCACUCGCAGGAGGAAGAUGAUUACGGCCACAGAGUCAAGCGAUCGCGACCAAAUUCACCAAACUCGACAGCUCCCUCGUCUCCUACCUUUUCUCAUAACUCACUCUCGCCUACUCCCGACCAUACUCCUCUCGCGACGCCAGCUCACUCUCCACGCCUGAGACCAUUUGUUGCCAACGAUUUGCAUCUGCCGGCGCUCCGACACCUCUCUCUCCACCACACCCCCGCCCUGGCUCCAAUGGAACCGGCCACGGAACCACCGAAGCACUACUCUCCAACACAGCCCCAUGUCGGUCCUUCUAUCUCCGACAUCAUGUCCCGUCCGGAUGGUACUCAGCGGAAGCUGCCUGUGCCGCAGAUCCCCAAGGUUGCCGUGCAGGAAGUUUUGAAUCCGGGCAGUGGCAUCUCCUCCGGUAACUCUUCCGUCGCCGGUGGUGAUCUCGCAGAACGCUACUAGUUACCGGACUUCGAAAACAGAAAAAAAAAAAAAAUAAAUAAAUAAAAAGAAGAUCCUCAAUAUGCUACAAACUUUUUGAUCCUCACUGCAUUUCUUGGCGACCAUAGCGAUAAAUUACACGGAGUUUUCUAAAGAACAUAGACGGAACUGGGUUGUCGGUGUUGUUGUUUUUCUUUGUCCUUACCUUUUUUUUUUUUUUCUUUUAUCAGACUUGAUCGUUCGAAUCAGGAAAAAGCGAUAUUAUUUCCUAACUUGUUAGACAUCUUUCCCCCUGCUUCAUAUUUUCCUUGCCCACAAAAAGCAAACUUCUUCAGGCUCUGCUACCUGCCUUGGGAGAAACUCUCUACUCUCGACUCUCAUUUGUUGGAGUCUCGGGUAAACGGUUGACCAAGGAACCGCAGCGCCUAUCUGGCCACUUUUCCCGAGACGUCCCUUAUAUCUUCCGAGCAUGUAUUCAUCGCGAGGACUUCUGCUGUCCGGCACUCCCUUUCCUUUUUUUUUUUCCCCUUCGUUUGCUCAUCGGUUUCCUUUGCCUUUUCCUUGCCUCCUUCAAAUGUCAGAAAGUUGUAUUACGAAACCAAAGAUAGAUCUGGGACUAUGAAAAUAGGCUGAAAGGAGAAGCACAGUCUAUAUUAAAACAACACCAGUUACCGGGCAACCGAGAUGAUAUUAUAACUAAUCAAGAAACAAUUCACUUUUUCUUUUUUGA